AUGAACACACACACAUUCAUCACCAGCAGAGUUAAUUCAGCAGAUACCUCCUCUGAAUUUUGUUCUCGGUGGACUUCUGAACUACUGAAGCUUUGCAUUAAGUGCAUUACUAGUCAAUGGUUUUUGGAAGUUGUCUGUGCGCCAGAAUAUAAAUCAUACCAAAUAAACACAUUAUUUGUUUUUUAUUAUUAUUUUUGUUUUCUACACAGGCUACAGUGCUGUAAUCUCACUGCUCAGUCUUGUGAGAGUUUGUCUUCAGCUCUACAGUCAUCAAAACCCUUUCUGAGAGAGCUGGACCUGAGUAAUAAUGAUCUGAAGGAUUCUGGAGUGAAGCUUCUUUCUGUUGGACUGAAGAGCCCAAACUGUCAGCUGGGGAUUCUGAGGCUACAGAGCUGUAAUCUCACUGAUCAGUCUUGUGAGAGUUUGUCUUCAGCUCUACAGUCAUCAAAAUCCUUUCUGAGAGAGCUGGACCUGAGUAAUAAUGAUCUGAAGGAUUCUGGAGUGAAGCUUCUUUCUGUUGGACUGAAGAGCCCAAACUGUAAGCUGGAGAUUCUGAGGCUACAGAUCUGUAAUCUCACUGCUCAGUCUUGUGGGAGUUUGUCAUCAGCUCUACUGUCAUCAAAACCCUUUCUGAGAGAGCUGGACCUGAGUAACAAUGAUCUGCAGGAUUCUGGAGUGAAGCUUCUUUCUGAUGGACUGAAGAGCCCAAACUGUCAGCUGGAGACUCUGAGGUUGUCUGGCUGUAUGGUGACAGAGGUUGGAUGUUGUUAUGUUUCUUCAGCUCUGACUGCACACCCCUCGUGCUUGAGAGAUCUGGAUCUCAGCUAUAAUCACCCUGGGGAUUCAGGAGUCAAGCUGCUCUCUGAAAAACUAGAGGAUCCAAACUGCUCACUGGAUAAAUUCAAUGUUGAUCAUGGAGGAGAAUCCAGGAUUACAGCAGGACUAAAGAAAUAUGCCUGUUUUCUCACACUGGAUCCAAACACAGCACACACUGAACUCAUUCUGUCUGAGAAGAACAGAAUGGUGACACGUGCGAGAGAGAAUCAGCUGUAUCCUGAUCAUCCAGACAGAUUUGAUGUGUGUCAUCAGGUGUUGUGUAGAGAGAGUGUGUGUGAACGCUGUUACUGGGAGAUUGAGUGGAGUGGAGAUGUGUCUAUAUCAGUCUCAUAUAAGAGCAUUAGCAGGAAUGGAGCGGGAGCUGAGUGCAGGUUUGGACGUAAUAAUCAGUCCUGGAGUUUGAUCUGCUCUCCUGACAGUUUCUCAUUCAGAUACAAUAACAUAGAAACUGAUCUCCCUGUGAAGUCCAUCAUCAGGAGAAUAGGAAUGUAUGUUGAUGAUGCUGUAAGGAGAAUAAGAGCGUAUCGUGAUGAUGAUGAUGAUAAUGAUUAUGAUGUCAAGAGAAUAGGUGUGUAUGUGGAUCACGGUGCAGGAACUCUGUCCUUCUACAGCGUCUCCAGAAACAAUAUGAACCUCAUCCACACAGUCCAGACCACAUUCACUCAGCCGCUCUAUCCUGGGUUUAGAGUUAAUAUUCUGUCUUCAGUGAAACUGUGUUGAUGAAUCAAAAGAGAAUGAUGGGAGAUUCUACCCAUAAUGCUUUGAGCUCCAUGAUAAAUCAGUGACACUGAGAUGUUAUAGAGUCUCUUCAUGACAAUAAUACUGCAUCUGAACUUCUGACACUGAAAUAACAGUCAGAAUAAAUGCGUCAAAAAACUGCAUAUAGUCAGUAAGAUCUGUUUGUGUGUGUGUGUGUGUUAGAGACUGUGUCUGUGUGUGUGACACCAAUCAUUUGUAUUAUUUCUAUCAAAACGUUCUUUCAAUUGAAAAGUUCUUCAUGAAUCAUGUUUGUGAAAAGUACAUGUAAUUCAUUUUUCUUUAUUGUUUUUGUGUCUAAAUAAUAAAACAUAAUAAUAUGUUAUAAUAAAACGAUGAGAAAUGAACUUCUGAAUUGAUGUUUGCAUCAU